ACGUCAUUCAACUGUCACCAUCAUCACUUUUGCCGGAAUAAAAAAAAACUUGAACCAUGUAAUUUGUUAAGAAAUCUACAAUGAAUUAAAAAUUAAAUGAAUUUCUAUACAAAUCAAACAAAAAUAAUGAUACAAAGUGCGAAAUUAAGUGUCCUUCUUUGGUUUCUCAUAGCAAUAUUGUCAGUUGACAAAUUUUGCAUACAAAUUGUUGGCGGAUCUUACCAACUAGCAGAUUCAAUAACAACACAAGACAUCAUUGCUGGUGAUAUAUUCUUUGAAAUAAUCGAACCCCCUGAGUUGGAGUACACGUAUCGUUUGCGACCAGCUAAAGACUUUGGUGGCUCUUUCAAUGUUAAACUUGAAGGUGUCGCUUUAGUGCCGACAGUGCCUUUGCACGCUUGCAGUCCAAUAACAAACAAGCGAGAUUUACGUGGCAAUGUUGCCUUAAUUGAGAGAGGUGAAUGUUCGUUCCUAACGAAAACAGUAAAUGCAGAACAAGCUGGAGCUGCAGCUACUAUUAUCACAGAAUUUAAUUCCGAGUCCAAUGAGUUUGAUUUUUAUAUAGAAAUGGUACACGAUAACUCGGACAAAGAUGCUCAUAUUCCAGCUGGUUUUUUAUUGGGUAAAAAUGGCAUGGCCAUUCGGAGUACAUUGAGGAAACUUAAACGAACGUUCGCUUUAAUCAAUCUUCCUGUGAACCUGACUUUUAUACCGCCACAUAAAAUAAAUCAUCCCCCAUGGCUUGGAUGGUAGUGUAUUUAUAAAAAAUGCAGAACGUAGGAGUCCUUCUGCAAUUGCUGGAGACGGACCAUUAAAAAGACGAACUACUACACCAUUUAAGGUUUUUGUGUUAUAAAAAAGUAUGUUUUUUUCGUUUUAAACGAUUUGACUUUAAUUAAUUGUAAAUGCUAAAGUAAAGAGAAACCAAAGUUUAAAUAUUAAUUGAAAAAAU